CUAACUGCAUGUCUAUACACAGCUUCCACAUGAAUCGGGAAACAUGUCGAAAUAAGAAUGAAGGGACUGAUGGAGACACUGAUCUCCGAAUGCCAACUUGUUGUGGUAUUGAUAUAGAGGACCUAUCAAUUGUUCAGCUGCAGCAGUAUCUGGCUCAUGGUGCAUUCUCGAUACGCGCGCUUACAUCGUGCUAUCUGGAAAGAAUUACGAGGCUCAACCCCCUUCUGAGAGCAGUCAUCGAGGUAAACCCAGAUGCUCUCGAUAUUGCAGAUGAGUUGGACAAAGAGAGAGCCAUGGAGCAGGUACGAAGUCCGCUUCACGGAAUUCCGUUUCUUGUCAAGGAUAAUAUAGCUACCAAGGACAGGAUGCACACCACCGCCGGUACUACCAUGCUAGUUGGAGCAAAGGUCCCAGAUGACGCACAUGUCGUAUCCCUUUUACGCAGUGCGGGUGCGGUUCUUCUUGGACAUGCGAAUCUGUCCGAGUGGGCAUCUAUGCGUUCGUCAUACUAG